CAGCAACAGUUUUACCAUGAGUUUUACGAGCUGAAUGUGAGAACGUGUCUUAACUAAAGAAACGUUUUGAAACGUGUUUAAAAGUGACAACACUGCGUAUAAAUGUGAUAAUGGAUUAUUGUUUGACGCUGGUACAACUUUCCUGUUGUAGCUUUUUUUGGAAACAUGAUUUAACCUGAUUCCCUGGUUUUUACAGACGCAUGCAAAAUGAGUUCUGAGGUGUGCCCAUUCUGCGGGAAAACUUACAAAAGGUUGAAGAGUCACCUGCCACAUUGCAAGGCAGCAGCAAGCUCCAAAACACCUCCAACCAAACAUGAUGUCACAGUGAAUCAGACAACAUUGUCUUCUCAGUUGGCCGCGCUAUUGUCCAAACCGACUGCAAAGUCCACACAGACAUUGUCAAUAACAGCAAAUCCACUAUCAAAGAAGAGUAAAAAGAUCUCUGUGGUAUCAUCUGCACCACCAAAUGCAUCAUCGUCGUCAGAGUCAUCAUCGCUGAGUUCUGCAUCAGUUCUACCAUCAACUAAGAAGAAGAAACCGAAGCUGUCCGAACAAAUCAAGACAGCCAACAUGCCCUCCUCCACGACCAUGUCCCUCACCUCCUCCCCAUCGCUACCUCUGUCUCCCACCACCUCUAAGCCCAAAAAGCAGAGUCUACGCGCUUUGAUAGAAGCUGCAAAAUCCAAACAGGUUUCUAAGGGAUCACUGAAGGGAAGUAGAUCUGCCUCAGAGGACCUGCCUUUAGGUUCAACUCCAUUUGUGGCAGAUCCUUUCAGCUCCAGAAUUACAGCUGGGACCAAAACUAAUCCCGACAAAGACUCAAUAAAAGAUGACGCUCAUCCUGCCUUUCAGUCCACAGACACCAAACCCAAAGUUGCCUCUAAAAUGAAGGUUUCUAAGACGAAGAAGGCUGCACAAUCCCUUUCAAAAACCAAAGAUACCUCUACCUCUCUGGACUCUAAAGUAAAUGAAACUACUAGUGCAAGAGCCCAUGAUGACUUCUUGGUGGACAACGAGGGGGAAGUCGAGGAUUUAUAUGUGAAUAAGAUGCUCUUGAAAUCAGGAAGUGGUCACCUGGCCAGGAUUACCCUCCAGGAUGUUAAAGCCACGUUAGGCCGAGCUAACGGCACCCGUCAGUCCAGCAGGCCAAGCAUCCUGAGCCAGAUUGAAACUACUGAUGAUCGAAGCAGCAAAAUCAGACUUGGUACAAGUCUCAGUCCAGUUCCACUUCCAACAGGGAAUCAAGAUAGCUGUUUGGUUACGACUAAAGCUCUGUCAGAUCAGCCGCCCUGCAACACUUCACAACAUACAGAGCUACAGUCAGUUAAGAGACAAAGUUCAAAGUCUGAACAAGCAACUUUACUCUCAAAGCAACAGCUUGAACUAACCUCCCCUGCUGCUCCCCUCCUUUCUGGCCAUCUAUUGUCCCUGAAGAGCAAAGCCACAUCCCCUCCACAUACUGUCAGCAUGAAUCAGGGGCUGAAGGUGACAGGACUCCUUACGAUAUCACCAUCACUCACAAAGUUGUCUAGCCCUUUGCUGGCGGCGAGGGUGGAGACAUUGAGAGCUGAUGAUGGGUUGAAGUCGCAGCUCGAGGUCAAGAAACAACACACUGCUGAUAAUGGAACUAAAGUAGGUGCUCUGACACAGCGGAGUCUUGGACAGGUGAGACUGAGGGAGUUGCCAGAGUGGCUGGCCUGCAAAACGCCCAGCCAUCCCAAAGACGUGGUGGAAAUGGUGCAAAGAGGCUGGCAGUGGUAUUACAAGAGGUAUAUUGAUGUGAAGAAAGGUGGUGUAGGUGGAGUGGGCAUGUUGUUAGCAGGCUACUGUGUGCUCGGCUACAUCUGGAGUUACCCUCAUAUAAAGCGUGAUCGCUGGAGGAAGUACCACUAAUGUCAAGGGAAGAUGUUUGGAUAAGCGUGACUCUGUACAAGGGAACAGCAGCUUUGACAGAGGGAGGGUUCAGGACUUUUAAGACAUCCAUCUCUUAAUAAUAUCUUAUUUAUCCAGAUCCUAACAUUUCCACAGGGUUUAUGUCUGAGAAAUUGAUUGAAGUUGAUUGGCGUCAAAUCAAAAGUUAAACAAUUUAGAUAAAGCACUUAUUUGUCUGGAGAGAGCCUGGCUCUGUCCAAAGGAAACAAAAUGUACCUACCAGCACCUUUGAAGCUCACUGAUUAACCCGUUCUUAUAACUUGUUUUUCAAAUCUGUACAAUUUAAUCAGGAUACCAUGACAGUUUUUGUUUUUACACUUCAGUUUUUGGUCCAGAUUAAACAAACGAGCCAUAAUAAAGGCAAAUUGUGUUACCCUUUUGAUAGAGCCAGACUAGCUGUUUCCCUCGGUUUCCAGUCUUUAUGCUAAGCUAAGCUAAGCUAACCUGCUGCUGGCUGUAGCUUCAUAUUUAAUGGACAGUUAUGAGAGUAUGGUGUCACUACCCAAUAUGAGUCGAGUUCAGAUGUGAGUUGCGCAUGUGUCACUUUGCGACAGCCCCACACAGGUAGGCUAGACCCGUUAAUACAUCCAUGGCUAGACCAGGUUUCACGCAGAUCUGCUGUUUUGCUGUUAGCCACAGAAUAAUGAGAUAGGUACAUACAUUACAUAGCAGUAAUUUAUGAUUUAGUGUAAGGCAUCACAUUUUCACACCAUGAUCCCUGAUGGCAGUUCUAGAUUAGAGGCUGAAGUAGCCUACAAGAACCUGCUAACGAGAGACUUCUGUAAUGUCAAUACAAUAAAAAUGGACCUACAUAACGAAGUUCGUUCACUGCUGGCUACAAGUUAGCAAUCAAACACAACAAAGGCUGUCACUUGAAUGGCGUUUUGGGCUAACGUUAGCAAUCAAAUAAUCAUAGAUAGCUAAAACGUUUGCCGGAUCCGGAUCCCUUGGCGUCAUGCCCUAAAGCGUUUAAAUCUGAGCAUGUGCAACUCACAUCUGUGCUCGACUCACAUCGGGUAGUGACAAUGGUAUCUAUCAUCUUACUUAACUCUUUGCCAUGAAGGAAAUUUCUCAAAAUGUCUAACUUUUCUUUAACAACUGGAAGAGUUGUGAUUCUGAUACCAGCCGUUUCAUUCUCAACUGAUUUGCACCUGCAUAGGGCACCUGAAAUAAAAGCCUGUGGGCACUGCAUUAUUUAUUUACUAAUCUGUUUUUAUAUUAUUUAGUUUACUUUGUAUCUUGUUUUAUUUUGAGAAGGGAAAAUGUUCACAAGAGAACUACUUAAGUUUUUAAUUAGGAUUUCUAUUGUUUAGAGUCCCACUGUGUUUCCCAAGGGCUCCACUAGGUGUCAUUGUUGUGUUGUGUAACCAGAACCAAAGGGGCUGGGCAGCCAAAUGUUUGAGUUUUCUUUGCUUCUUUGUGCAGAGGCAUUGGUGCUGGGGUCCAUGAGAGGAUUAAAGGGAACCAACAGAUUUUUUAACUUGAUUAAAAUCUUACUCUGGCAGCCUAGAUGUAGAAAAAACAUGGGAAUCUAAAAUGUCCUGACUUCAGUAUCCGUGAAAAGAUCAUAUCUGUGUAGCAGAGGGUUACAAAUCUUGUUUUUCUUUUCCCUGUCACAUGAUGUUAUUAUGCAUGCUCAGUCCGUCAGUGCCAGUAUGUGAACACUCACAGAAUAGUAAUGGAGGGACGCUGAAGGAGGUUCUGAUCUGGACUGGAACAGUUUGUUAUUGUAUUCAAAAUGAAUUUAUUGUUGACUCUCCUUGCUGCUGUAGUGAACACACAUUAGCUACAAAAUGAAGAAAUGACAGUAUUUUUUGUAAUGAUUUUUCUUGACGCCGCCACUUCUUAGCCAACACAAUAAAAAACAAUUUCCUUUUUUUA